CUCCCUCCCGCUCGCUCUCCGUCUCUCUAGCUAUAGAGGGCUCCCACAGCAGUUCCCAGCCAGUGUGUUCAGCCUGCCUGCCUGCCUGCCUCUGUGUGUGUGUGUGUGUGUGUGUGAGUGUGUGCGCGCGCGCGCGUGUGUGCGAGCGUGUGCGUGCGUCUACUUUGUACUGGGAAGAACACAGCCCAUGUGCUCUGCAUGGACGUUACUGAUACUCUGUUGAGCUUGAUUUUCGACAAGCAGGCAAGAUGUCCAGCACACCACAUGACCCCUUCUAUUCUUCUCCUUUCGGCCCAUUUUAUAGGAGACAUACACCCUACAUGGUCCAACCAGAGUACCGGGUCUAUGAGAUGAACAAGAGGCUGCAGUCGCGCACCGAGGAUAGCGACAACCUCUGGUGGGAUGCGUUUGCCACUGAGUUUUUUGAAGAUGACGCCACAUUAACCCUUUCAUUUUGUUUGGAAGAUGGACCAAAGCGAUACACUAUCGGCAGGACCCUCAUCCCCCGUUACUUUAGCACUGUGUUUGAAGGAGGGGUGACUGACCUGUACUACAUCCUCAAACACUCCAAAGAGUCCUACCACAACUCCUCCAUCACGGUGGACUGCGACCAGUGUGCGAUGGUCACUCAGCAUGGGAAGCCCAUGUUUACCAAGGUAUGCACAGAAGGCAGACUGAUCUUGGAGUUCACCUUUGAUGAUCUCAUGAGAAUAAAAACAUGGCACUUUACCAUUAGACAAUACAGAGAAUUAGUCCCAAGAAGCAUUCUAGCCAUGCAUGCACAAGAUCCUCAGGUCCUGGAUCAGCUGUCCAAAAACAUCACAAGGAUGGGGCUAACAAACUUCACCCUCAACUACCUCAGGUUGUGUGUAAUACUGGAGCCAAUGCAGGAACUGAUGUCCAGACAUAAAACUUACAACCUCAGUCCACGAGACUGCCUGAAGACCUGCUUGUUUCAGAAGUGGCAGCGGAUGGUGGCACCGCCAGCAGAACCCACAAGGCAACCAACAACUAAACGGAGAAAAAGGAAAAACUCCACCAGCAGCACGUCCAACAGCAGCGCUGGGAACAACGCCAACAGCACGGGCAGCAAGAAGAAGACGCCGGCCGCCAACCUGAGUCUGUCCAGUCAGGUACCUGAUGUGAUGGUGGUAGGAGAGCCAACUCUGAUGGGAGGUGAGUUUGGGGACGAGGACGAAAGGCUAAUCACUAGAUUAGAAAACACGCAGUAUGAUGCGGCCAACGGCAUGGACGACGAAGAAGACUUCACCCAUUCACCCGCCCUGGGGAACAGCAGCCCUUGGAGCAGUAAACCUCCCGCCACUCAAGAGACCAAAUCAGAAAACCCCCCGCCCCAGGCUUCCCAGUAAGAUUGAUGGGCGCCAGAAUCCGUGUCACUCGCCCCGUGGGUUACACUCACUAGUUCACAUCCUUACUUAACAGGAGAAGAAGGAGGAGACUUUCAAACCGUCCCACGUCAAUACCGAUUUCUAAACCACAAUGAUCCGAGUUUCUUGCUUUGCUUUUUUUUUUUUUUUUUUUUUUUUUAAUUGAAAGGAUCAUUCUAAAUACACUUCCAUGACCCCUCCCGGGAGGCCUUGACAGGUAACACAGAUACUGGCACGGAUCGUAAUUAAAACCAGAGCGAAGGCUAGGGCUUCUCUUGGCUCGGUUUUGCCCACGUUUGUUAAAUGUCCUUCCCCCGCCCCGCCCCGCCUGCAUCCAGCCAAGGCCAUACCGUCAAUCAAGCCUCCGUGCUCAGAAUCGCAUUCUAUGCCGAACCCAACUACAGAUGACUUUUUAAUAUUGUAAAAUAUUUUCUGCUUUUUUGACUUGCAUCUGAGAGUUUCUUGUUUCAGUAAAAAAAGAAAAGGAAAAAAAAUCCGCUUUUGGAAAGUAAUUUAAAUGUACCUUUAUAUAUUUGUUUCCUUCAUCCUUUUCGUUCAUUGGGGAACAGCUAAGAGGGCCCAGCAGGGUAAUUUAUGGCCAAGCUAAUGUCAGGUGGUCCUCGAGCCCGAGGAGGUUCAACGGAGCCCGAGUGCUGAAACAAGAAAUGUCUUUUUGUCAUCAAAGACACCGAGGCAGACGUUUAUGUAAAGAAAGGUGCUUGGCCCCUUGAGAAUGUAUGCGUUUGUAAAAUUGCUGUUGAUCCAAAUAUUUUCAAGCCAUGUAAUCCAUUCAUUUUGUGGGCAGUUGAAUAAAUCUGAAAUUCUUUUUGUGGGUUUUUUUUUUUUUUUGUAUUGUAUCUGAGUUGACUGUUGUUUCUUUUUCAUAGUAUAUUACCUGUAUAAUAUUUUGUAAAGCCCUCACCUGGUUCUUUUAUGGGGACUUUUCUUUGGGGGCAAUUCCAGUGUAUUUAUGUGAAACUUUAUAAAAGAACUAAUUUUUCCAUUUGCAUAUUAAUAUGUUCCUCCACCCUUGUAAAGACACAGUGGCUCCGUGUGUUACAAAACAGCUGUAUUUUAUGUAUGCUUUACUGAUAAGUGUGCCAAUAAUAAACUGUGUUAACGACCAAA